UGUGAGUAGAGUGGAGGAGAGUAUCUAUCAAAAGAGGUCAACAUCAACGACAAAAUGUUGACUAACCAACAAAACAAAUCAGCAUACAUUACUCUCAUCAACAGCACACUCUUUUUCGUCGCUCCCAGCAUCCAUCUUUCUGGGGUGAUACAAGUAAUUUACAUAAUUAAAGGGAAUUGGGGUUUGUUUCAGUAAUUACAUUUGAGGGUUUGAAUAUUCUGGAAUGGCUCCGUGUAUAUCGCCUUGUAUUGCACAUUGUGAAUCUCGAAAUCCGUUGGGGGUUUUAGCUUUUCUUAGAGGGGGGAGUUUAGUUGAUAAUCGAUCGAGAACGGUUAGCUGCUACAGAAAAAUAUGUGAUGAAAGAAAUGGGGUUAGGUGUUCAGCUAAUUCUCCGGGGGUGAAUCGAUAUGAAAGUAAAGACCCGUUUCUUAAUUUACACCCGGAAAUUACUAUGCUUAGAGGUGAGGGUACUAAGCCCUUGACUAAUCCUAGACAGGAUAGUCCGGACGGAAGUGAUACUAAGAGUUCAAGAGAUUCGUUGAGCUCGAGUGGUUAUAAUGCAGCCAGGAUAAAAGUUGUUGGUGUUGGAGGAGGGGGGUCAAAUGCAGUAAAUCGUAUGAUUGAGAGUGCGAUGAAGGGUGUAGAGUUCUGGAUAGUUAAUACUGAUAUUCAGGCAAUGAGGACGUCUCCUGUAUAUGUUGAGCAGCGGUUGCAGAUUGGACAAGAUCUCACCCGGGGGCUUGGUGCUGGGGGGAACCCUGAUAUUGGUAUGAAUGCUGCAAAAGAGAGCAGGGAAGCUAUUGAAGAAGCAAUUGAUGGUGCAGACAUGGUUUUUGUUACCGCUGGUAUGGGUGGAGGCACAGGUACUGGUGGUGCUCCUGUGAUUGCAGGGAUAGCAAAGUCAAUGGGAGUUUUGACCGUUGGUAUUGUUACAACCCCCUUUACUUUUGAAGGACGGCGAAGAGCAGUUCAAGCCCAGGAAGGCAUUGCAGCUUUAAGAGAGAAUGUUGAUACAUUGAUUGUCAUUCCAAAUGACAAGUUAUUGGAAGCAGUGUCUCCAUCUACCCCAGUAACAGAAGCAUUUAAUUUGGCCGAUGAUAUACUCAGACAAGGUGUUCGUGGUAUUUCAGACAUUAUCACGGUUCCUGGCCUAGUUAAUGUGGAUUUUGCUGAUGUGCGGGCUAUUAUGGCAAGUGCUGGUUCAUCAUUAAUGGGGAUCGGAACUGCAACGGGGAAAUCAAGGGCAAGAGAUGCUGCAUUGAAUGCCAUUCAAUCACCUCUGCUAGAUAUUGGUAUUGAGAGGGCUACUGGAAUUGUUUGGAAUAUAACUGGUGGCAGUGAUUUGACAUUGUUUGAGGUAAAUGCUGCAGCUGAAGUUAUAUAUGAUCUUGUGGAUCCCAGUGCAAACCUAAUAUUUGGUGCAGUCAUUGAUCCAUCACUAAGUGGUCAAGUAAGUAUAACCUUAAUCGCCACUGGGUUCAAAAGGCAAGAAGAAGGUGAUGGAAGGCCUGUCCAGGCUGGUCAACUAGCUCAGCGAGAUGUCACACCUGGAAUUAACCGCCGGCCUUCCCCAUUCAGUGAAGGUGGUCUGGUGGAGAUACCAGAGUUUCUGAAGAAGAAAGGACGUUCCCGCUACCCUAGAGCAUGAAUCAGUCUUUGCUAUCCCUUGUAAACUAACCUCCACCUCUCUAGGGACCUAUGGCAUUUAGCUCUUAAGGUUCGGGAUUUUCCGUCAUAAUUCAGAGGUCUUUCUUAGCUGAAAGAACAUAGUGUCUUGCCAAUCCUGAUCACCUUAUAAACUAUAUUGAUAUGUGUUACUGGCUUGUACAGAAUAAAUGUGCCACGCCACUCUUAUACCGUUUGUUGUAGAAUGUAUUAGGUGAUAAUUAAGGCGAAAAGAUAUUAUAGAUGGUUGUAUUAUUGUUUGGCCUCUUCAGCCUCUUGGAAACAAUGCAGCCCAUGUCUUUGGUGCGAGUAAUGUUAACGUAAGAAAAUGCAGGGUCUUUAUAUA